GUUAGUCCACGAGGGGGGCGGGGUGGGAUGUGGCGAGAGAGAUAUAAACCCUGAUUCUGCACGCAUCGGCCACAUUCGGAGGACUUCGCAAGGGCUCGCAGACUCUCCUGCAAGACCUGUCAGAGUUCACUCGAGAAGGCGACAUGAGGGGCCACCUGCAACUCGUGGCCGUGUUGGUGACGCUGCAGCUCGUCUUGUUGAGGGCACAGGCGACCGAGACGGCGACGAGUGAAAAGUGCGGGGGACUGCCGGGAAUUCCCGGCACACACGGGCAGAACGGACAGGCCGGGCGGGACGGCAGAGACGGACAACCCGGACAGAAGGGAGAACGGGGGGAUGCUGGGAAAGGAGAAUCAGGAAUUCCUGGCUCCCCGGGACAUCCAGGGCCCAAAGGCGAGCCGGGACCUGCGGGGCCACCAGGUCUAUCCGGAUUGGACGGGGAAAAGGGUGAAAGGGGAGAGCAAGGACCCAACGGGAAGGUUGGACCCGUGGGCACGAUUGGGCCGCGAGGAAACCCCGGAGAGCCCGGUGCGAAGGGCGACAAGGGCGAUACGCCCGCGAUUAAGAAGUCAGCGUUCAGCGCCAAGGCGACCAUCUCCAAGACGAAACCGCAGGGCGCGGGGGUCAUCGUGUUCGACAUCAUCAUAUCCAACGACUUCGGCCACUACAACAAGGCGACCGGCAAGUUCACGUGCGUGCACGCGGGCCAUUACUACUUCUCGUUCCAAGCUCCCUCUUCGGGUUCGCCCCUGCAAAUCAUCAUCAAGGUCAGCGGCAGACAGGUCCUGACCCUCUACGACCACUACACGGUUGCCGGGGGCUCGGACACCAUGAGCGGAGGCACCGUGCUGCACCUGAACGCCGGGCAAGAGGUCUGGCUGGAGAUGGCGUCGGGAAACGUCGGCUUGUUCAUUGACUUUGCGCGUGACGCGGUGUUCACCGGUUUCCUUAUAUACGCCGAUUGACCCCGAGGCACGGCACCGGUCUAGACGGCGUUUGACGUCCUCCUCUUGACGAGCUUGUUACACGGCAAAGCCCUACCAACCCCCUCCCCGAUGUGCGCGCGCGCGCGUGUGCGUGUGUCGGAAACAGCUGGGCAUGAUGCCGUCCACGGCUGGCAGAGUGGACGAUGCGUGCCCAAGCGCUCGCCUGUGCGAUGCUCACGUCGUAAAAUGUGCUUGUAUUGCCUAGUUACCCUGACACCACCACCCACCACCACCGCCUUCCACUCCGAAUCUGUCCCCGCUUCCAUUCCCUGCACUCCGGGAUACAUAACGCCAGGGCUCGACAAGCCACGUCACAAGAAGGGACAUUUUUGUUCGAAUUCCGUAAAACAAAACAGGAAUAUUUUAAGAGCGGCAACGCAUGUGAAUGAUGUCAUGAAGCAGUCCUUAAAGAGCCCACGGGCUCACCGACCCCUGCAACAUACCAUACCCACAAUCCCCAUUCACUGAUAUCAAAGCAUGGGGCGGAUCACACGGAAGGGUAACGAUGUAUUAUUAUAUGGCGAGGUGUUUAUUGUAUUUGUUUCCAAAAUGACAUCAGCGAUUUGGUGGAAAAGCUCAAGCAAAGCGGACAACAAGGAGGAAAAUGGAAUAUCUCUGACAGCCCCAAAAUCAUCCACCGAGGACACAACGCUCACGCGUGGAUGCGUAGUGCACAGUGCGGCACCACGUCAGCGUGAGCCGGGAAGCAUUCCGCGAAACCUUGGCAAUUAUUCCAUAAUAAUAUUAGUUGGCGCCAAGGUGGCGAGAUGGUAACUGGUAAACACGAGGUCGUGAGUUCAAUGGUGACCCUGGCGCCUGUAUAUUUGGAGUUUAUAUUUGUUGAUUUGAAGCUUUCGUGACUGCAGAAAUCCAUACUCUUUGGUUCUUUCGGUAAAGUCACGUAGGUAGAAAACUAAUAGCGGUUGUCCCACCUGAUGACGCUAGCUUGUGUUGCGAUCGAAACGUGCUGAUCUAUUAUUUUUCUACCUACGUGGCUUUACCGAAAGAACCAACGAGUAUGAAUAUUUGUUCUCCCCCGUGAUUGCGUGGAUAUUUCUCCGGGUCCUCUCCACAUUUAGAAACAACAUUAGUUUAGAGUAUUUGGCUGCUAUACAUUCCCACAUGAUACGCCACUUCGUUGGGCUAUCAUUUGUUGGCCAGGUCGCUUCUGAAAAAGAGCUACAUAGCUCAGUGGGCCUCACCUGGUAAAAAAAAAUAAUUGCUUACAUAGUAAAACAUUCCAGGAGCAUUCCGUUCAUAGGUAAAGGUACAGCCCUGCAACUGCCUGCUUACACCAAUAGAGGGACCUUUAGAGAGGCCCGACGCGAGCGUAUUUUUGGCCUGCUCUUCCAUGCUGGCCAGAUGUAUUUGCCGAUGUGGGAGUACCCACGCUUUCGCCCACCACACUCUACCUGCCCAUCAUAGACUGCGGUGCACCCGUUUAUACUGCGGGGGGGGGUUUGGAUAAUAUAAUAAACUUGCACCAUUUCAACGCCGCAAUGGGAGAUAGAACAGCCGGACUGACGCAUUGCGCGAUAACCAGUGCACAAUGGCAACAUCGAUACGUGCAUAGCUAAUUGGUCUGAUUAAAACAAAUAUAUGUAAUUCCAAAGCCAUAUUACAGUACAGUAUUAAGUAUGCGGCAAUGCUAUGUAUGUACGUGUUUACUUACUUUCGACUAGUUUGCACUAUCCUAACGUAAUAAGUUUGCCGAAAGAAAACAGAUGUCAAAUAGAUCCUCUGAUUCUUCAAUGCCGGUGUAAUGGUGCACUCUGUAGCUUUGCUAAUUGCCACGUUGCUUGUGUGUGUCUUCACUCAAUACAAUUCCAUAUAAAUGCCUUUGCAAGCUCUUGCUUUUUUACACGUGUCAAAAAAAAGAAUAAAAUAUAUCCUCCUCCCCUCCCCACUUCUCCAAAAAAAAAGUUCCGCAGAAUGAAUCCCCUUUGGGGCUUUGCAUUGCACACGAAGGAUUGUGGGAAUCAAAUAAAUGUGCUUCAAUUAUCACCGA